AUGAACUCCUGGGCUGCCGAGGGCGUUUUUGACUGUAACUUCCUUUGCAUCUGUGUGCUGGGAGACCGCUCUGCGUAUGGCUUGUGCAAGGUUAAUGGCUUCGUGGAGUCAGCUCGAGACAUGCCCACGUACGGGCAGCUGGGCUGUCAGGGUUUCAUUAUCCUGGACAAGGAGUAG